GCCGGCGGGGGGUGCGGCGAUCAUCUUCCCUCCCCCCUCCCCGCCGCUACACCGCAGCGCUGCCGGCUGCCCGGCGCUUAUUGGCUGAGGAGAGGCGGCCGCCUACGUCAGAGCGCUGCCGCUGACGCCACGGGGCGGGGCUCGGCGAGGCUGAGCAGGAGACGGCGCGGCGAUGAAGAACCAGGGCGGCGAGACCAAGGCGGCCCCGCGGCCCACGGCCAAAACGAGCGGCGCUCUGGCGGAGGAGGGCGACCCGGCCGAACCCAGCGCAGCGCUGGAAGCUCCCCUCGCACAGGAGGACACAAAGUCCUCCCGGCCUGCCGUGCGGGAUGUCUCUGAAGAGCUGAGCAGGCAGCUUGAGGACAUCUUGAACACGUAUUGCGUGGAUGCCAGCCAGGAGGGUCCAGGAGAGGACGGCGGGCAGAGUGAGGCUGUGGAGCCAGAGGAAGUGGAGAAGUGUCGCAGUGAGUCCCCGAGGAACGGAGAUCAGGAGUCAGGCAGCCCUGAGAUGAAUGGGGAGAAGGAAGGCACGAAGGGAACUGAAGAGUUUCGACCCGGAGAGGAGUGUGGGGAGCGGGAUCAGAAGAAGGCUCAGGAAAAGAAGAAAGCCAAGGGCCUAGGCAAAGAAAUCACUUUGUUGAUGCAGACCCUGAACACCCUGAGCACGCCAGAGGAGAAACUGGCAGCACUGUGCAAGAAAUACGCUGAGCUGCUGGAAGAGCACCGAAACUCCCAGAAGCAGAUGAAGAUUUUGCAGAAGAAGCAGACACAGCUGGUGCAGGAGAAGGACCAUCUGCAGAGUGAGCACAGCAAGGCCAUCCUGGCCCGCAGCAAGCUGGAGAGCCUGUGCCGUGAGCUCCAGAGGCACAACCGCACCCUCAAGGAGGAAGGUGUCCAGCGAGCACGAGAGGAAGAGGAGAAGCGGAAGGAGGUGACAUCCCACUUCCAGGUGACGCUGAAUGACAUCCAACUCCAGAUGGAGCAGCACAACGAGAGGAACUCCAAGCUGCGCCAGGAGAACAUGGAGCUGGCAGAGCGGCUCAAGAAGCUCAUUGAGCAGUAUGAGCUGCGGGAGGAGCACAUUGAUAAGGUGUUCAAACACAAGGACCUGCAGCAGCAGCUCGUGGAUGCCAAGCUCCAGCAGGCACAGGAAAUGCUGAAGGAAGCAGAGGAGAGACAUCAGCGGGAAAAGGACUUUCUGCUGAAGGAAGCUGUAGAAUCACAGAGGAUGUGUGAGCUGAUGAAGCAGCAGGAGACUCAUCUCAAGCAGCAGCUGGCUCUCUACACAGAGAAGUUUGAAGAAUUCCAGAACACCCUUUCCAAAAGCAGUGAAGUGUUCACAACAUUUAAGCAGGAAAUGGAGAAGAUGACAAAGAAAAUUAAGAAGCUGGAGAAGGAGACCACAAUGUACCGCUCUCGCUGGGAGAGCAGCAACAAGGCUCUCUUGGAAAUGGCUGAAGAGAAAACCCUUCGGGAUAAAGAGCUGGAGGGGCUUCAGGUGAAAAUCCAGCGCUUGGAGAAACUGUGCCGAGCCCUGCAAACAGAGCGCAACGACCUCAACAAGAAGGUGCAGGACCUGUGUGCCCACACGGCGCGGGCAGACGUGGAGCCGACAGAGGCUCUGAAGGAGCCAUCGCGGGGGGGCUGCGAGGCGGGAGCUGGAGGAGCCCCGGCAGAGCAGCGGCUGGCUGAGGAUUGCCUGCACUCGGGAAAGGCGGCGCACAGCACAGAUCCUGCGGAAAGCCUUGGAGAACUGAGCACAGGAGCCUUGGGGCAGAGCGGGACUGAGGAAGGCGCUCAGGGUGCUGACUGAGCCUGCUGUGUGGCUGCGACUCCCCUAAAAUGUAGUGCAGCACAGGAAAGCAAGGGCACGGAUCGGCCCAAGCCCUCCGGCUCACGGCACCGGGACAGCAGGACACGGCGCUUCCUCCACCUUCACGGCAAUGCUGUCACACUGGGUGAGAGCAAAAGAACUGAGCAAGGGAGAACAUGAGCAUUUCCCAGCGCUGGAUUCUCCCUCCCUGAUCUGCAUCAGGCAGGAGGCGGCUCCUGGACUUGCUGUUGCUUCCUCACGCCCUGGCUGGCAGCUCUUUCUUGAGCAGAACCGUCCAGUUCCCCUCUUGUAUGGGUUUUGUGUAUUGAACGGGGACAGAAAAGCAGAGAAACUGGGGACACCGGAUUUGCCCAGGCACCCUGCAGGGCCUUUGCUCUUCCUAGAACCUGCCAGUGUUUCAAUAGCCUUAUGAUUCACAGUUGCCUCUUUGCUAUACGCACAUGUGCACAAGUAUAUUAAACAGUUAAUCCAAA